AUGUGGUAUCCCAGUGCCUUCCUGCAGAUGAAGGGGACAGAGACCUCUCGCAGAUAUGAAGGGGUGGUCCCCUCAAGUAGAGGGAUACAGAGCCUUUGGCCUUUCUCAGCUUUUGGGUGUGCAGAUCUUCCUGGUGAGGCUCCCGAGCAUCAUUCGGCGCCCAGCAUCCCGCUAGCCCGGAUCCUCCCGCGGGCGCGCACCGGGCUUAACUCAGGCUCAGACAUCUCCACUGCCCAGGGAUCACUGAGUGUGUGGAAGGCCGGCUGUCCCGGCGCCCUGCUUCGGCAUGGGUCCUGCCGUUGA